GGUACAGAGUUCUAGGCGUCAUAGCGCUGGAGUUGCAGGUAAAACGCACUGUCCAUAAUGAAAGGUAGACGCAAAUGCUGCAGAAACUCAGCGGGUGAGGCAGCAUCUAUGGAGCAAUGGAAUAAGCGAAGUAGUCUGAAGGAAUAGGUGAAUAGUCUGAAGAACCGUCUCGACCAAAAACGGCACAUAUUCCAUCGCUCAAAAGAUGCUGCCGCACCCGCUGAGUCUCUCUAGCGUUUUUAUCUACCUUCGAUUUUUCCAGCAUCUGCAGUUCUUUCUAAAACAAUUGUCCACAAUGAGGUGGGUCGGAGAAUCGGGACUGUAACACAGUUUAUGGAAGGGCUGUUCAGAAACCUGGUAACAGAGGGGACGAAGCUGUCCCCUGAUUCAGAUCGGGAUUCCUCUGUAUCUCCGUUUCAGGCCGGAACUGCUCCACCCCCAUCACUGAAAACCACGAAUCCGGACCGCUCUCCCCUGCAUCUCCUUCUUCCGGCCGGAACAUCUCCACCUCCCAGCGGUUCCCUGGACCAUGGCGGCCGCACACAAGGCCGGAGAUGGACCCAGGUUCACCGUGCGCCCGUUCCGGGCCGGCGACUCGCCGGAGGCCCGCAGGAUAUUCUCGGAGGGCCAGCUGGACCAGUCUUUGCCAGCCUUCCGCCGGGCCCUGCGGUUGCCCGCCGCUACCUGCCUCCUCCUACGCUGGCCUGGGCCGCUCUGCCCGUCGCCGCGCCGCUAGCCCUGCUCUACCUGGCCUGUCGCAUGUUCUAUACCAACUACCUGAGGGAAACGCUGGUGGCGGACAUGGCGGACAUUGACGGGACGUACAUGAGGAGGCCGGGGGCGGGUUUCUGGGUGGUGGAGGAUCAGGUGGGAGGCAGUGGGCUGCGGGGGGUUGUGGCGGCGCAGGAGUUCGAGGGCAGCCGGGCUGCUGCCAGCUCCUCCGCCUCGCUGUCGACCGGCGAUGCUGGGGUCGGGGCCUGGGCCGCAGACUGACCUGCUGGGUGCUGGAGUUCGCCCGGGACAGCGGCUACAGAGAGUGCGUCCUGUACACCAACACCGGCCAGCAGCCCGCGAUCCGGCUCUACCAGGCCCAGGGCUUUCGGGUGACCAGGGACAUGGUGCCAUUGCCUGGACUUGCCCUUCUAUCCUGGAUCACCCACAUCUACCUGUGCGAGAUGAGGUUCUACUCCCUGAAUACAGGGAAUUACCACUCAAGGGGUAUCGUGACACGGUGGGUAUUGACAUAUCUAUAAAGGAAACUUUCCAACGAAA